CCACAAGCGCAUGCUGUGCUGCGCAUCGCUUGCCGGUGUGGGGCGCUCGCUCAGGCAUAAGAAGCGCUGCCCGCCGCUGCUCGCUCCCUCUCGUUCCCCAAGCAUCCCGCAGCUCGCUCAUCGACUCUGCCAAGCUCCUCUCACCUCGCCGCAGCAUCUGGCGCAGCCCGCAUCGGCCCCUGACGUCCUUAUCCGUCGCGCCACAGCACCCCUCACGCAGGCCAUCAGUCUCAGCGCCUCUUCCGCGCUCUUCUUCUGAUCGAAUCGCCAAAGCUUGUUCAGCAUCUAGCAGAAUGGUGCCGGCUCUCACCGCCUCGGCGGCGCCCAGCGCGGCCUUCGCUGCUCCGCUCCCGACCACCACCAAGUCGCCGCUGCUGCUCAGCACCCUCGGCAGCAUGGACCCCGCCCCGACGCGCGUCGACCUGCGCAACUUCACCCUCGCCACCUGGCAUGCCGUGCAGGCCAAGCGUGCCCUGCAGCAGGACGGCGCCGCCAACAGCAAGGCCGGCAGCGCCGCGCCGCUCGUCGACGGCGCCACGCUGAGCGUCGGUGAUGUCGUGGCCGUGUCGCGCUACGCCGCCACGCCCGAGCUCGACAACUCGCCCGAGGUGCGCCGCCGCGUGCAGGCGAGCAUCGACGUGCUGGACCGCAUGCUCAAGUCUGGCGAGUCCGUCUAUGGCGUCGCCACUGGCUUCGGCGGCAGUGCCGACACACGCACGACGCAGUUCGCCGCGCUGCAGAUCUCGCUCGUGUCGGGCCUGCAGAUCGGCAUCCUGCCCGUGCCCGGCCACGUCGACGCCAGCGGCGCGCUGCCGCUCUCCGACGAGCCGCUCUCGCAGCCCGAGGCGUGGGUGCGCGGCGCGAUGGUGGUGCGCCUCAACAGCCUCGUGCGCGGCCACUCGGGCGUGCGCUUCGUCGUGCUCGAGACCAUGCACAAGAUGCUCAAGUACAACAUCACGCCCGUCGUGCCGCUGCGCUCCAGCAUCUCGGCCUCGGGCGACCUCUCGCCGCUGUCCUACAUCGCCGGCGCCAUGGCGGGCAUGCCGGGCGUGUACGUGUGGGUCGACGGCCCGGACGGCCGCCGCAUGAAGAUGUCGUCGCCCGAGGCGCUGGCCAAGUUUCACAUCGAGCCGCUCUCGUACGAGCCCAAGGAGGGCCUCGGCCUCGUCAACGGCACGGCGUACAGCGCUGCUGUCGGCGCACUCGUCAUGCACGAGUCGAACAUGCUGGCGCUCCUUACCCAGCUGACCACGGCGCUGGCUGUCGAGGCAGAUCUGGCGAGCGACGGCAGCUUCGCCGCCUUCAUCCACAACGAGGCACGCCCGCACCCGGGCCAGAUCGAGGCCGGCGCCACGGUGCUGGCGAUGCUGCGCGGCAGCAAGCUGGCGACGCACGUGGAGAACGAGGUGCACGCCGACGACGACGGCGUGCUGCGGCAGGACCGCUACCCGCUGCGCUGCAGUCCGCAGUGGAUGGGCCCGCUGCUCGAGGACCUGCUGGCCGCCAGCCGCUCGAUUACGAUUGAGCUCAACUCGACGACGGACAACCCGCUCUGCGACGCACGCACGGGACACAUUGCGCACCAGGGCAACUUCAUGGCCAGCGCAGUCACCUCGGCGAUGGAGAAGACGCGCCUCGCUCUCGCGCUGCUCGGCAAGAUGACCUUCCAGCAGAUGACCGAGCUCAUCAACCCGGCGAUGAACCGCGGCCUGCCGGCGAACCUCGCGGCGACGGACGUGUCGCUCGACUACUUCGGCAAGAGCUGCGACAUCGCCAUGGCUGCCGUCACGUCGGAGCUGCAGUACCUCGCCUCGCCAGUCUCGACGCACGUGCAGGCUGCCGAGAUGGGCAACCAGGCAAUCAACUCGAUGGCCCUCGUCAGCGCGCGCUACACGGUCAAGGCGAUCGAGACGUUCAGCCAGCUGCUCUCCUGGACACUCUACCUGCUCUGCCAGGCCGUCGACCUGCGCGCCAUGCAGCGCCAGACGGGCGAGCUGGUGCGCGUGCAGCUCAAGGACAGCCUCGCCAGCUUCUUCGGCAAGUGGCUCGACGAGGCCGAGCAGGCGCUGCUCGCCAAGCGCGUCUUUGCGCGCAUCAGCCGCCGCUUCGACGAGACGGGCGCACUGGUGCUGCAGAGCCGCAUGCACGAGUCGUACCUGCAGGGCGCCGACGAGCUGUCGACUUACUUUGCGGAGCUUCCGUCGAGCGCCGGCAACGGCGAGGUGCUGCGCACCAUCAUGGCCUGGCGCAAGCACAGCGUGGCCGAGAUGUGCGAGCGGCACCACGCGCUCACGGCCGAGUUCCUCGCCGACGCCAACGGCACGCCCGCCACGCCGUACCUGGCGCCGACGACGGGCGUCAUGUACACGUAUGUGCGCCAGACGCUCGGCGUGCCGCUGGCGGGGCGCGAGCACUUUGCCGGCUUCAAGGGCGCCGCGGGCCAGCUGGGCGAGAACAACGGCGCACAGGUGUCGAAGAUCUACCGCGCCAUCCGCAGCGGCGAGCUCUACACGGUGCUCGUCGACAUUGCCAGCACGCUGCCGCAGCACGCCUAGACGGCAGCCCGCGCCUCGCUUUGCUUUCCCCCCUGUCACACCCGUUCACGACCAC